CCAUGAUGAAGACCUUUAUUCUUCCCCUGCUCCUGCUGUCAGACGGAAAUUUAAUGUGAUCUUAGGCAAACAUGGUGGAUCUAAAAAGGAAGUGGGCCCAGUUUACAAAAAAGAUGCCAAGAUUGCCGAGUUAACUAACGUUCAACAAGACAUGGCACUCUUUGAACUGCCUGUGACAUCAGAAACUGGACUGACGACGAUUGGUCUGCCGACUAACUGCCCCGCCCCAAAUACAGAGACGUACAGGCUGAUGGGCUGGUCUUCUACGAAAAAAAAAGGAUCUUUCAAGAAUGCAUUCAAAUUGGAUAUACCCAAGCAUCUGCAGUGUGCGGAUAUGAAACUUCAAGCUGAAUGUGUCCCGUUUACUGCCACUGAGAAACAGCUGAUUAAAUAUGGCCAAGAGAAAGUCAUUUGUGCCAAAGGUGAACAUGGUCAGAAAAAAGGGAAAGUUAAUGCUGGUGGAGCAGCUGUCUCUGGUGAUUCUGGGGGAAGUCUGGUCUAUAAUGAGAAUGGAACUCCAGUACUGUAUGGAAUGACUGUUGAAGGCCAUGGAGACCCAGAAGUGGAGUCUCGCUUUAUGGAUGUCUGUUCCUUUACAGAAUGGAUCAAAACUACAGCUGGAUAG